UACCCUACACAGAAAGUGAGACUGAAUAACAUGCACAUGCUGAUUACUGGAGGAGACGCUGAAGGACAUCCUGUUUUGAUUUAGCAGUAUUAUCAUUCUUUGGGGGUGAAAUGAAGAAUUUGAAUCUGGUUUGGAAAUGUUCAGAUUUCUAAUGCAACUGAACUUCAGUAGCCUUUUUUGCAGUUCAGAUUCCAACAAAUGAAUUUUUCUUAAAUAUGCAGAACCUGUCACUAGCAGAAAGUCUUACUAAGGCAGACAAAUCAUACCGGAUGUCUCUAAAAGACCUAGCAGAUGAAGUGGGUAGUAUGUCUCUCUAUGAAGGUGACUGUGACUUGAAUGAAAGGACAAAUAAUGAAGAAAUUAUUAAUCUUGAAGUAAUGCAGCAAAGCUUCCCUGUAGGGACUAGCAAAGGGAGAAGUUGUGAGGGGUUUUCUGAGAGCAGUUAUAGUACCUCAGAACCCAGCGGUUCCUGGGGUGAUUUUGAAGGCUUCGAGGAGUCCUUAGACAAAUCGGAGAGAUUCAGUCAUAAUCUUGAAGUUUUGCUGAAGUCAACAAAAACCUCUAGAGUUGAUACAGACUUAAGCAGCAGACAUUGUAGCACUUCUGUUGGUGGCUUUUGUUCUGAGCCAUCUCUACACUGUGGGAUACAGGACGCUUCGAGCUCUCUAAAUGAGGCAAACCACAGCUAUGAGGAUAUAUUUAAGUUGGGUUUUCCAGAAGUCUUUGUAUCACAGUCCAGAGAGAGCAUAAGAAGCUUAGAUCAAGUACUUGAUACAAAUAAUGAAGAUGUUGGGAUUCCUGAACUUAUGAAGAAUCAACUUUGCAUCGAUUCUGGAAAUAUAUGGAGAACACUCAGAGACUUUGAUAAUACCCCCAGCUUAAGACAUCCCUGGAGUAAAUCUCAUUGCCAAGAAAACCUCUUGAGUGUUCUUGGAAUAGAUGCAAAUCAAAAGGACUUUUCAGAGACCCUGGAUGGCAUUUUUGAGGAAUCAGAUGCUAAAGACAGCGACGACUUCGGAUUUGAUGGAUUCAGUAUUAAUAACUGCAGAGCACUGAUCCAGACCAAGCUUUCUGUAUCACCUGAUUCCAGACAUGGUCAUCUUUUCACCCGCAACCUCUUUUUGAAAACCACAUCGUCAAAUGGAAACAUGCAAUAUAUAACAAUCCCAAGGAAGAAGCACAUUUUUGCUACACACAACCUAAAAAUGAAAUUUUUCAAUAGUGAUGUUUGUUGAAUCAAAUGCACUUUUUAUUCUUUUUUUU